CGGCUGUUUCCGCUUUGCGUUCCGAUGGAUAAAUAAUCACGGUUUUGGAAACCUUUAACAUUUAUAUGUGUUGCUCUGUCAACCAGGAGAAACCUUCACAGCUAUGAGUGCCAUUAUACCUCGGAUAGAGCAGCUGUCUGCUCGGGUGGUUCGGGUUUUAGGCUGCAACCCGGGACCGAUGACCCUGCAGGGAACCAACACUUACCUGGUCGGCACCGGGGAAAGACGCGUCCUUAUAGACACUGGGGAACCUGCUGUGCCUGAUUACAUCAACAACCUGAGAACUGCACUGGGCCAGUUCAACACCAGCAUCCAGGAGAUCAUCGUCACCCACUGGCAUUAUGAUCACAUCGGAGGAGUGGAAGAUAUCUGCAGAGACAUAACCGGAUCUGAGGUCCGAGUCAGCAAACUGCCACGCUGCACCCAGGCCACAGAGACGGCUGGAAAGAAGAGCUACUCUUACCUGAAUGAUGGAGAUGUCAUCCAGACGGAGGGAGCCACACUCAAAGUGCUUUUCACCCCGGGACACACUGAUGACCACAUGGCCUUGCUGCUGGAGGAGGAGCAGGCGAUUUUUUCUGGAGACUGCAUUCUGGGUGAAGGCACGGCCGUGUUCGAGGAUCUCUAUGACUACAUGAGGUCUCUGAAGAUCCUCCUGGACUCCAAGGCUGACCUCAUUUACCCCGGGCACGGGCCUGUAGUUCAGGAUGCUGGCACCAAGAUCAGCUACUACAUCAGCCACCGGGACCAGAGAGAACAGCAGAUCCUGACAGCAAUCCACGAUGGAGCGGGGAAACCGUUUUCCUCCAUGGAGCUCGUCAAGAUCGUCUACAAGGAUACUCCUGAACACCUGCACCAAGCUGCUAAUAUCAACCUGGUCCAUCACCUGAAGAAACUGGAGAAGGAAGGCAAGAUCAGUUCAGUGCACGGCUCGACUCAAAGCAACAAGUGGAGGAGUAAUCUGUAAUGUCCAACCACGCAGAGGAGAGAAACGAUCAAAUCUAACCUGAGGGUCGAGUUGUGGAGGCAACGGGUCCAAGAGAGAAACCCAUACAGCCCCGUUCCUCUCCCCAGUGACACUUUCCAGCUCGUUGGACCCCAAGUUAGAGAAGAUUCACAAUCCCUCCAUCAACCCCGGCGCCUCCUACCAGUGGAACAUGCUUGGAAAACCUCCAAAGCGAGUGGUCCAGGAGGC